GGGAACACCGAGGUGAUCAACGACACCCAUGGACAUCAGCAAUACCAUGGAACUUGCAGUCAUUUUUUCAUUAUCUUCUUCUAUGUAGCUUUUAUGAGUUUAUGCAUAGUAUUAUAAGACGAAGUAGUCUAAAUAUUAUUUCUAGCCUUGAUCUGGAAUUUUAAUGAAUACUUAUCAAAAAUUAUAUAAACUUAUCGAUUAACCUUAUAAAAUUUAUGAUUGAUAAAAAUAAUUUGCGUUUUAUCAAACUUUAUCACUUCCAACGGAUUUGUAAGCAUAAAAAUCAUUAAAAUGUACUCUCAUAGAAUCAUAUAUCUCCAACAUAAUAUCUGCGUAGUAUUUUAUAGCAAAUUAAAGGUAUGAUAGUAUAUCGCCAUUAUAGUUAACAAAUUGCAAUAGUCAUUACAUAGCUCAUUUUAAAACGGCUCGUCGACUUGUAAAGUCUUCGGCCAAUUACCUUGAGUGUAGUAGACGUAGUUAAUAAUGGCUGAUAAUAUAAAUAUAGUAGAACCUCCUCCCAGGAAACAAAGCGAAGGAGAAGUAAAAAGAAAGAGUGUGGUUAACAAACCAUUGGAGUUAGACGAUGUUCUGGUCAACGAAUUGGGACAAUUCGGAUUCUUUCAACUGAGGAAUAUUCUGUUGGUGGCUUUGCCUAUCAUCGCCUCGGCUUUUAUGAGCGAAUACAUAUUCUCGGCGGCUGCAAUACCACAUAGAUGUCAAAUACCAGAAUGCGGUGAAAAUGGAAAAGAUUUUGAUUACGACCCACAUUGGGUUCUGAACGCGGUUCCCGAAACCAGCUCUGGAUUUUCCAGCUGUGAAAGAUACGCUCCCACAGGUCGGAAUGGGAGCUUGCUCUCCUGUCCCGCUAAUAUCUUCGAUAGGCCGAACACCGUCGCCUGUGAUGGCUUUGUUUACGCGCGGGAUAAUUCUGUUGUUUAUGAUUUUGAUCUUGGUUGUCAAGAAUGGCUGCGAGCUUUAGCGGGCACGCUGAGCAGCGUGGGCACUCUCCUCGUCCUGCCCAUCACCGGAUUCAUCUCCGACAAAUACGGCCGACGAAUGGCGCUCAUCAUCAGCGUCUUUAAUCUGGCUCUUAUUGGUCUCAUCCGCGCCUUCUCCGUCAACUACACCAUGUACCUUGUACUACAACUAUUGCAGACUACCUUAGGAGCUGGCACUUUUAGUUCCGCUUAUAUCUUUGCGGCGGAACUGGUGGGUCCCAAAUAUCGUGUGAUCACAAGUGCAACGUCGUCCUCAAUGUUCGCCGUGGGACAAGUUGUUCUGGGAGGCGUGGCAUGGCUGGUGCAGCCCUGGCGCUACAUGAUCAUGGCCCUGCACAUCCCCUGUUUCCUCAUCAUAGUCUACUACUGGAUCCUCUCUGAAAGCGUACGCUGGCUAUUAUCAAAACGCAAAUACGUGGAGGCUCGCGCCGUGCUCGAGAAUGUUGCCAGAGUCAACAAAACUUUUAUCAGUGAAAAGUCCAUGGAAGCCUUAAUGAAUCCUCCACCAGUCACACAAAAGGUCGAAUCUAAUAUAGUGCAGACAAUCUUCAAAUCAAGAGUGCUGUUACGUCGGGUAUGCACAACUCCUAUCUGGUGGAUUACGACUACAUUUGUCUACUAUGGUCUGUCCAUCAACUCGACUAGUCUCUCAGACACAAUGUAUCUGAACUUUAUUUUGACCUGCGCCAUCGAGAUCCCCGGCUACGCCACCGCAGUACUUAUCCUUGACAGGAUCGGCAGGAAGGCCACACUUUCUGGUGGUUUCUUCCUUAGUGCGGCCUGUAACAUAGCUUUUGCUUUUAUACCAUCAGAGCUGAACGUCGUUCGGUUGGUAAUUUACCUACUGGGUAAGUUUGGUAUCUCUGUGGUGAUGACGUCACUCUAUUUGUUUACGUCCGAGCUCUACCCGACCGAGUACCGGCACACGCUGCUCGCUUUCUCCUCCAUGAUAGGCAGGAUCGGUUCCAUCAGUGCUCCGCUUACACCCGCACUGAUGGAGUAUUGGAAUGGUAUACCGUCCGUGAUGUUCGGUGUGAUGGGUCUGCUCUCAGGUCUGCUGGUGCUGACGCAGCCAGAGACCCUGGGCACUAAAAUGCCCGACACCCUCGCGGAAGCGGAGGCCCUCGGGAGACCCGAGUCCAAAUUACAAGGAAAUUAACUUAUGGAUCUGACUAGAAGAUAGUUUUAAAGAUAUUGAUGUGAAGGUGCUCGAAAAUAUGGUCUGUAGUACCAGAAACCGUAAUAAAUCCUCCUUGCAAAUAUUCAUUACAAAAGGAAUAAAAAAGUAAAUAAAAGUUAUUCGACGUCUUUUUGACCUUGACAUUAAGACCGCGUUUUGUAUUUCUAAUGUUUCUUGUUUUCAAGUUUGUUUAUUUUAUUUUAUUGUUCGUGAACAUUUUUAUUAAUUG